UGCAUUUGCUGAUUCGGCUUCGACUUCAGGAUAGUAUCUUGCGCGUCAUAGUCAUUCUCUAGAGUGAAAGAGAUCUAGUAGUAACAAUUGCGUAUAGGGCUUUUGGAUCAAGUUCUACCAUGGGUCUGAAAGACGCAUACUUAGUGCUGUACAACAGCGCUUGUUGUGCGGGUUGGGCCUACGUCUGGUACGCGGCUUGCACAACGAUACUGGACAAAGUCGCUAAUCAAUCUCCGUUCGGCGACGCGUCGGCUCAAGUGUACGCGCACGAUGAUACUGCUACCAUGCUGACCUAUGCACAGUCCGCCGCCCUCUUGGAAAUCUUGCACGCCGCCCUGGGAUUGGUUCGAUCGCCCGUUAUGGUAACGGCGAUGCAAGUCAUGUCGCGCAUCGUGGCCUUGGUGGCCCUGGUAUUCUCGUCACAGGCGCAGACCCAAUGGGGUGCAGGUCUGAUGAUCAUAUCCUGGGCAAGUGUGGAAGUUCCUCGAUACGCUUUCUAUGUCACGGCGUUACUGACGGGAGACGCUACCAAAAAGACCCCAUUUCCUCUAUUUUGGUUGCGUUAUUCACUGUUUGCCAUCCUUUAUCCAACCGGCAUCUGCGGCGAGCUUACCGUCUUCUUGGCCGCUUCUAAAGACCAAGCCUUUGUUGAUAAAUUCGGCCCCCUCUCCGUGACGUUGUACUCAAUCGUUCUACCUAUUGUCUAUUUCUUUGGAUCUCCCUUCAUGAUUAUGAAUAUGGUGGCCAACCGUAAAAGUGCGUUCAAAAAGCGCUUCGCCAAACCCCCGCCUCCGGCCCGCGGUCUCUGUUGGCCCGUGGACGCCAAGGGACAGCGCUCUUCCACCAACGUCAACAAGACAAUCAUCGCGGCCGCGGUGGGGGCCGUCAACGAGCAAAAAGCUGAAGCGAUUCGAUCCUGCAAGGCCUGGCGAUUCCAGUACGUCAAGCACCUUAGAGCCAUGGUCGAAGAACAGUGCCAGACGCCCGAAUCGGCCCUCAAAAUCGCCCAAGCCGGUCUCGAUUCUGCCUACGAUAUCUUUGAGUUCGUCGCUCCCGACGGAUCCGCCACGACCUUCCGCGAAGCCAUGGCGGCAAAAAAUACCGAGCAGUUCUUUACGCACGUCAUCAAGGGCGAAGGAAACAAGCUAACUAAAGAAUUGGAAAUUCCCUACAAGGGUGGUAUUUUGAAAGGAGAUGCUCUCAAGAAGCAGGUGCAAUCUUGGGCGGACUACGGAACAAUCGAACCGAGUGCCGGUGCAGCCAUCGUCAAAUGCAUCGAACAUCCUGAAUGGCUUGAUAUUUCAAAUCGCUACUUCGUUCUUUUGGGCGCGGGUUCCGCAAUGGGCCCGCUACUUGUCCUUAUGGCAUUGGGCGCCAAUGUGAUUGCGGUAGACUUGGAUCGUCCCAAUAUAUGGAAACGUUUAAUUGAUAUCGCUCGCCAAUCUUCCGGAACAAUCACAUUCCCCAUGAAAAUGGAUCCCAGCAAAUGCAAAAACGACGAAGAAAUGUUCGCCCAGGCUGGUUGUAAUCUGUUUACAGACACACCCAUGAUUCGCGAUUGGCUGAUGAACGUGUACCCAGGCAAAUCCCUUACUGUGGGAUGCUACGCUUACUUGGACGGUGCGCUACACGUGCAAGUUUCGUUAGCGAUGGACGCCAUUUGCCGAGAUUUGAGUGAAAAACGAAAAAACACCUCGCUAGCUUAUUUGUGCACGCCAACGGAUUUGCAUUUGAUUCCGAAAGAAGCCCACGAUGCGAUGAAGGCAAAUUACAAAUCGUAUUCUGGAAAGUUAUACUGUAUGAUGAUGAAUUUGCUCAGUGGAGGCAAGUUCUUGCGUCAGAACUCCAAAAAGCCCGUGUCAGGGAAGGGCGGUGAGUACUACUUGGUGAACGGAAUCAGUGUUGCUCAGGGUCCCAAUUACGCACUCGCCAAACGCAUGCAGCACUGGCGAGCCAUCACUGCUCGAAACAAGGGCUGUAUCGUUUCUUCAAACAUUGCACCGUCCACAUCGACAGUUUCCGUGGUGCACAAUCGCACGUUCGCUUGGGCCUACGAGGGCAUGCCGUAUUUCGAACCGUUCGAAAUCUUCGCGCCGGAGACUUCCAACGCCGUCAUGUCGGCCUUACUCUUUUACGAUCUCAACGACUCCGGUAGCUGGGCUACUCCAAAUACUUCCUUGGGAAAUCCAAACCAGCUCUUUUCGCACGGAUCAUUUCAUGGAGGUGUAUGGCGAUGUGCAUACGAAGUUGACAGCAUUGGUGAAUCUUCCGUGCUACUGUACUUUGGCCGGGUCGCCAAACCAUACAUGGUGGCUGCUGGUGCAGUUGCGGCAGCCGGCGCUGCCUACGUUUAUGCUGUUUAAAGCAAGCAAACGGCAAGCUACUGAACGUUUCGAUCUUCCUUCGAGUCUGUAGCAAUCGUUUUCAUCUCCAGAAAGAACACAGAGCUAAAAAUAAGUAGACUACCCGUCUAUUCAGUG